CUUGAGCCUUGAGCCUUGAGCCUUUCUCGGUUCCAGCAUUUCUUCUUCCACAAAGGUUGAAGUGGCUUGCCGGCGCUCAAGCUGGAAAUGGCCAGGGCCAGGGCCAGGGCCAGGAACAUGCCCUUUCAGGACGGCCUAGCGACGCCACAUGGAGUCGACGGGGAGCUGCCAGCUGGCCUGUCCGAAUAAAUCAAAGAGGGCUGCGAAGCCAUGUUUGCUGUGGAUGUGGAUGUGGAUGUGGAUGUGGAUGUGGAUGUGGAUGUGGAACGGCAGCUGAGCUAUCAUCUUCCUCGUCUGGUUCCGGCAGGACAGCCUGUGAGAUAUCCGACGCAGAAGUCUCAAAACGUAGAAGAAUAAAAACUUCUCAAAAGUGCAAGCCCAGUUCGUUGGGGCCAGGGUUUACGGUCAACAGGAAAUCGAAGUAAGGAGGCGGACUUUCUAAAAUAUCCAUCUAGCCCAUAAGAUCGUAAAUCUAAGGUAAGAGGAAGAGGAGUACAGCACAGUACCUAAGGUGGUCCAGGCUUGUUCGAGCAAGGUACAGGUAGGGAGGGAGAUGGAGAUAUAAUAAAGCAAGGCUUCCUGCUUCCCGCUUGCCGAGUGAGCUAAAAACGGGCAAGAGGCCAGAGGCCAGAGGCAAGCUUAUGCUUAUUUCAUCUAUCUGCGCACGCUAUCAAUUUGCCUUCCACCUUGAACGCGCAGACACGCUUCGACGAAUUGAUGAAAGUCGCGUCCAAGAGCGGCAGAGUAUCCUUGGAGCUACAGGAGUGUCCAAUAUCGAUAUUCCUUGGAUUUCUGUUAUCGCUACAAGAAGGCUGCGGCUGAAGGGAUAAGAAGAAAAUCCCACCUGUUCUGUACGGGCGAUAGCUGGCCCGCCAAUCUGGUCACCCGCGUUCCCUAGGCAAUUCUCCUCAGUUCUCAUCUUCUGCGAAGCCGCAUUAUAUCGUAUUUCACAGCUCGUCAGUUUCCUUCCUUUUGUCUCUCUUGUGGUGGUGACCUAUUCCAGGUCAAUGUCUCAAGGUCAAUAAAGUACCACGCUUGUGUUGUACUAUGGAGUAUUGUUCCUGACCCGUACACCCACCACCCCUAUUUGCCACUUGCCAGCUGGAGGGGGCUUUUAAUACAACCUUAACCCCUCCUCCCGACCCAACCCUCAUCGGUCCAUCGACAACACUCGUUCACGAUGGUCAGUUCCGACAAUGUUGCGUUCAACAUCGCGGCCUUCAUCGGCGGGCUGUUCGUUCUUGAGUUUGGCGCAGACAAGUUCAUCGAUCAUACAGCCAAGAUAGCCUCGCGCACGGGAAUACCACCGACUCUGGUUGCUCUCUUGACAGCUGGAGCAGAAUGGGAAGAGCUGGUUGUGGUUGUCGCAGCUAUCUCCCAGAAGCAAUCGCCUCUCGCCUUGGGUAAUAUACUCGGAAGCAGCAUCUCGAAUAUAUUAGGCGCCUUCUCCCUGGGCUUAAUAUUCUCUCCAUCUGCGAUAACUUUCGAUCGCUCCGCGAAGAUCUACACGGGGGUCCUGCUUGGCUUGACGACAUUCUUCACAAUAUUCAUUCUCUUCUUCGAAUCUCUUGGUAGAAUUGGGGGUGGAUUACUGCUUGUUACAUUCGUGCUAUACUUCAUAUCUAUCGCAUGGGCAAUUUAUAAAGGCAUUGUGUCACCACCAGUGGAUUCGGACAGCGACUCGGACAGCGACUCGUCUGAUUCGGACUCGGAAUCAGACUCAGAUGAUGAGAAUGGCUCCAUACCAUUGAAAACCAAGCCAGCCCACAAGCACACACAUUUCCACGUCCGCAGCAAUUCCAACUCAAGCAGCACAACGACAUUACACGAUCUCGAAAGCGGACAGCACACAGGCGUUCCACCAUCGCCCGCAAAUCCACAAGAUCACCAUGAAGGGCUACACAAGGACAUCUUUGACGACGUCAACCUCUCACCCUUGCAGACCGUCAAGCGCGGAGGCCACAGCACGCUUCACCACCUCACGCACCUCAUAAUAGGCUUCCUGGCUCUUUCUCUAAGCGGCUAUAUCCUCUCGCAUAGCGUUACUACCCUCUCGGCCGAGUUCUCGCUCUCCUCGACUCUCCUCGGAAUAACGCUCCUUUCCUUUGCGACCACCCUUCCAGAGAAGGUCGUCUCAAUAUUCUCCGCCAAACGUGGCGAAUCGGGAAUAGUAGUGGCUAAUACCGCUGGUUCGAACAUUUUCCUUGUCACGCUCUGUGCAGGUGUUUUAUAUCUUACGGGCGACAUAGCCAGCCCAAAGGGCAGCGUGACGCUCUUCGAGAUAGGGUGCAUGUGGGCAAGUAGUGCGGUACUGUUUGGUAUCGUAAUGUUUGGUGGUAGGAGGUGGAUGGGAUGGGCUUUAUUCGCUGCAUAUAUUGGGUUCAUCGUGUGCGAGUUUACCAUGGACCGGGGUAUUGACACUUGAUGUUCAAUGAGACUGGAGAUAUAGACAUAAGUAGACAUAAUGAAUGCACACGCAUGCCACCUAUCAUGUCCAUGUCGUGUCC